AACCUUAAUAAUCCUAAGCUUGACGAACUGGUUGCUGCUUACAACCAAAAUGCCCGUGGAAAAUAUUUAAUUUUUCCUGCCUGCCAAUUAACGCCAAAGUAUCGAGAUGGAACACCGUUGAGAGAUACUUGA